CUCAAGGAACUUGUGGUGGACAUGCGCCCUCUCUAAAUCUAUUACUCCAAAGUCCCUACUCAAGCUAAUCCACUGCUUCUUCCUCGCUCCUCUCCCUUGUAGAGCAAUCUGAUGCAGUUAGUGUGCAGAGUUCGGUACGUGAAGUACGUCGACCUGGCUAACUAGCAGCUUUGGUAGAGACAAUCGAGUUCCGUGCACAUAGAUUCCGGAGCUUGGAUAUGCUUGCAGUCGAAUCUUUGAGAGGUUCCAAUGGAGACGAUCGGGAUGGGACGUUGGGAAACUUCCCCGUCUCCGAUGACUUCGGCGACGAGGCCUUGCUCGAGGACAUCGACUUCGGUGACCUCUUCAUGGGAAUCGAUGACGGAGACGUGCUGCCGGACCUUGAGCUGGAUCCAGCAGAGAUUUUCGCGGCGUUCUCGGUCGGAGAGGAGGGCUCGGGCAAGGCGACGGCCGUGGAGGAGCCCGAAGGGGCGUUUGGUGGAGAUGGCUCGACGCAAGAUGUGGUGGUCUUGGAGGCGGAGAUCGGAGAGGAGGAGAAGGAUGUGAAGAGACAGCGGGAGGAAGUCGUGGGUGCGACGACGACGGAGGACUCAAUGGUCAUGCCAUCUGGGUUGAGAUCUGACUCGCCUGACGGCAAUAAAGGUCGUAAGCCGUCGUCUCCGUCGGCUACGAGGGGCUCACACGGGAAGCGCAAAUCAAAAGUGGACUGGACGCCGGAGCUUCACCGGAGAUUCGUGCAGGCGGUGGAGCAGCUGGGGAUCGACAAAGCGGUGCCCUCCAGGAUUUUAGAGCUCAUGGGGAUCGAUUGCCUCACCCGACACAAUAUUGCUAGCCAUCUACAAAAGUAUCGAUCGCACCGGAAGCAUUUGCUCGCGAGGGAGGCGGAGGCGGCGAGCUGGACGCGGCGACGGCAGAUGUACCCAAAGAAGGACGUCAACCCAUGGCUCGCCCCUACUAUCGGCUUCCCACCUCCUCCUCCUCCGCCUGCGGUCCGGCCUUUUCGGCCACUGCAUGUCUGGGGGCACCCCACCGCAGAAGCGCCACUGGUCCACAUGUGGCUACGGCGUCCGGUGCCGCAGCCUCCCUCGCUGCCGUGGGCUCCUCAGCCACCACUUCCGCCGCCACCGGAUCCCUCCUAUUGGCACCACCUCUAUCAAAGGGGAGGUAGAGAAGGAUGGGUUCCACAUGCCAUGACCCAGGGAACUCCUUGCUUCCCUCAGCCACUGCCGGCGGCGAGGUUUCCGGCUCCACCACCUGUUCCGGGCAUCGUCCCCCAACCCAUGUACAGACCGAUUCCUCCUCCCGUGACCGACCAUUCCAGCUCGCAGCUUCAACUUGAUGCUCAUCCUUCAACAGAAAGCAUAGAUGCAGCUAUAGGAGAUGUGUUAGCCAAGCCAUGGUUGCCAUUGCCUCUCGGAUUGAAGUCCCCAUCAGUAGAUGGUGUGUUGGUGGAACUACAAAAGCAAGGGGUACCAAAAGUGCCACCAGCUUGCGGAUGAUGCUGCUACAUCAAUCCACCUGAAAGAACAAAUUUGCCGACAAGUCAUAUUCCAGUUUGUAUCCUAAUAAACUAGUCUUCCUGUUUUCUUCUUCCCCUUACUCUCAUGUAAGUCAUAUGCUUAAGAAUGCUAUUCUUUUAGGGAGCAUCUGAGCUUAAUAAUUGAAGAGCAUGGUGUGCUUCUUCUUUUUGUAUAACAUAUAAUUAAUUUUCUUUUGCACA